UUGGAAGUAGAACGAAUGUGCCGCAUUGAUGGAAGAGGACUUUGUCAGUGCUUUGCUCCGAAACUCAGGAAAUUCCCCGGAACAGCAAAGUAAAGGUUCGCCGUCUGCUGACAAAUCAUGCGUCUCCAAUUCCUAUCAAAACUUGAGAAGUCCCGAGGUUUCAGGGAUGUGGGACUCCACUUUGGAUAUUUCUGUGAUGCAUGGCACCUCCAGUACCCAAACUUCAGAGCCCCGCUGGAUGCACGACACUGAGUACGCCCUUAUUGCUUACAGUAUAUACGGCUGCAUUUUGUUGGUCCUCGCCUGCAUUGUGACAGCUCUCUUGGUCGUGUUCGGAAAAAACUGAAAGGUCCUCUCGAUUUGCUACAACUUACGCUACAUAGUGACUAACAACCUAAACCAGAGAGUUCACCAAGCAGUUCCAUAAAUCUUGAAUAUUGUUGUGCAAUCGAAAAAGAAAUCAUCGUUUUCUGUAAAAGAUUAGAAUUUCAUUUUGAGCUUAAAGAAGGAUAUUCAGUUAUUAUCAGUCAUUGUUAGUCAUAUGCUCUGGAGGAUCGUCUGUCAAACAUAUGUUUCAUUACAUGGCUCUGCUUUGCAGACCUUGAUCAUAUUUGUUAUUUUUGGGCAAAAAUUCUCAAAAAGAAUGCAACACAAAAUAUAUUAUCAAUUUAUAUUUUAUAAAGUUAUAAUUUGUUUA